GCGGCGCGCUCCACGUGGCGCGCGCUGCCCCGCCCCGCCCCCACGCUGCGCGGCGCGCCGCGCGCGCCGGGAAUCCACGAUUUCCUCAGAUUUGUAGCGCUAAUGCUGAGGAAAGGUGAAAUAGGGUACCAAGGUGCCUCAGCUGGAGGAACUAAAGGGUGGGAGGCUGAGGGACGCUGUGAAACAGAACUGCCGGGAGAGGAGGGGGCAGGUUUCUGGGCGGCGCUAAGUCCAGGAGGGGGCGCGGUCACCGCUGAGGCGUCCCCCUCACCCAGGGUGAAGAAGCUCCCCUGGAUUUGUUGUCCUCAGGACCUCCAGACAUGUCCGAGGUGAAGAGCCGGAAGAAGUCGGGACCCAAGGGAGCCCCCUCGGAGCCCGGGAGGCGGAGUGAGGGCGGAAAGACCCCCGAGGCCCGGGGCGGUGGAGGCGGGAGCUGGGCGGACCCCCGGACCGGCAUGACCCUGCUGUCGCUGGGAACGUGCCUGGGCCUGGCCUGGUUUGUAUUUCAGCAGUCAGAAAAGUUUGCAAAGGUGGAAAGCCAAUACCAGUUACUGAAAAUAGAAACCAACAAGUUCCAAGGACUGCAAAGUAAAAUCAGUUUAAUUUCAGAAAAGCUUGAGUCUACUGAAAGUAUCCUACAGGAAGCAACAUCAUCCAUGUCCUUGGUGACCCAGUUUGAGCAGGAAGUAUCCAGCCUCCAAAGUAUCGUGCAUGACAUUCAAAAUAGUGAAGAGUUGCUCACCCAAAAGAUGCAAAGCCUUAAUGAGAAGUUUCAGAAUGUUUCAGAUCUCUGGAAAAGAAGCCUAGAAGAAAUGAAUGUUAAUACAGACACUUUCAAAUCAGAAUCAAAAUACAUACAUUCUCAAGUUACUGUCCAAAUUAACUCAGCUGAACAAGAAAUAAAAUUGCUCACUGAAAGGCUAAAAGAUUUGGAAGAUAGCACACUAAGAAAUAUUAGAACAGUAAAAAGACAAGAAGAAGAGGAUCUUCUGCGAGUAGAAGAGCAGCUUGGCUCUGAUACAAAGGCAGUUGAAAAGUUAGAAGAGGAACAGCAUGCUUUCUUUGCCAGAGAUGAAGACCUGACUCAUAAAAUUUCCAGUUAUGAACCCAAAGUUGAAGAAUGCAAGACACAUUUGCCAGCAAUUGAAAGUGCUGUUCGCUCUGUUCUCAGGGUAUCUCAGGAUCUGAUAGGGACAGAAAAAAAAGUAGAAGACUUGACUACUCAGAUGUUUAACAUGGAAGAUGAUAUGCUGAAAGCAGUAUCUGAAAUAAUGGAGAUGCAGAAAACCCUUGAAGGAAUUCAGUAUGAUAAUAGCAUAUUAAAGAUGCAAAAUGAACUGGAUGUUCUAAAAGGAAAAGUCCAUGAUUUUAUGGUAUAUUCAAAUAUGAGAGAAAAGGGAACUUCAGAAGAAUAUAAUCUAGAAAAUGAAGGAAUUGAUAGUGAUUUUUAAAUGCACUGCAUUUAUUCUGAUGACGAUAUUGUUAUACAUGAACUUAUUAGUUCCAUGCUUUUGUGUUAUUUUGAUAUGCCUCACUUUAUCCUACAUUACUGGAAAAUAAGUGAGAUAUUUACACACUUGGAUUAUCCAAAUAAACAAAGCCUACCCUUUUAAGCAACAAAAUUUAUUUCAUAUUAGCCUUUUUAAAUAGAAAUAUUUCCAAAAUAAUUUCUCCACUUUUUUAAAGCAAUAUACUUAAUAUUUUUUAAUGUUUUUCUAAUAAUUAAUGGGCAUUACUAUGAAUUUCACCUAUUAUAUGGGACCCAAAUAUAUUAACAUUGCUAGAAGCUAUUGAGAAGUAUUUCCCUUCUCACUAAAUGACCCUAGUUUGCUGUAUUUUCAAAUCUUAUGUCUAUUUCUUAGACCUUUUUUGUCACCAAAAGAUGCAACCCAUUGGCCCAUUGUUAAUAUCAGGUUGGGUUAUAAUGUGCCUGCCCUAACCAGUUCUGCAUUUCAUUUGUAAUUUACUGCAGGCCAACAUCCAGACCACCAAGUUCAUAGGGAAUUUGUCUAAAAGCAAAACUAAGAUGCCCGAGGGGGAACUUAAGGUGCUUUGCUAUGAGUUAAUAUGUGCUCUUUGAAAACUAUAGAGCCUGGGAAACAGUUUUACUUUUUAUUAAGGUUCUAAAGUGUGUUACAGAUACUUGUAAGAAUUUUUAAAUAAGAGUAAAUAUGGGGGUGCUUGACUGGCUCAGUCCAUAGAGUAUGCAACUCUUGAU